AUGACAGGGACAAUUACUCGUGCAUUGAAUUGGGAUAAUGUAUAUGAACAACAGUUUAUUGCUGUCACGCCCAUGGGUGAUGAAGUUUUGUUGUAUCAAACAAACCAUGAAGACCCGGGUAUAGAAUCCAAUUCUAUGCUACAGUUAUAUAGUCGUUCUGGAUUUGAAAAUAUUCAAUGUUCUUCAUAUUCUGAUAUAAACAAAGGUAUUGUUGGUGUUGGAUCUAUCAAUGGUAAUAUUUCCAUUUUUGACAUAUAUUCACCAAACUCCUCGAUUUUAAAUUUGCGUCCGAAACAGAAUCGACCUUGUAAUUCUGUAUCAUUUGGUAACCAAAACUUAGUUGUAGCAGGUUUUGAUAAAGGAAGACAAGAUAAUUCAUUGCAGAUAUGGAAUAUUGAAACCUACUCUUCAUCUGGUAGCAAUGGUAGUAAUUUGAAAAGACCAUUAGCGACGUAUCUACCGAAUGAGGCAAUUCUUUCAACUGUAUUCUAUCCUGAUCAAAAUUCAAAUAUUAUUUGUGGAUCUUAUAAAUUCUUAAGAGAAAUAGAUUUGAGAUUGGAUCAACCAGUAUUUCAAAUGGCAACAAAAUGUACUUUGGGAUUACAAAUUGAUUAUUUUCAGAACCAUUUAUUUCAAUCAUUUAGUGAAGAUGGGUCAUUAGCAAUUUGGGAUAGAAGAAAAUUGACAUCUACUAAACAUAGAUCUACGGGAACAAACAAUGUUAUUACUGAAACUCCAUUACUACAAUUUACUAAACUAUUGAGUGAUGCAUCUUCAAGAAAAGUCCAGCAUCCAUGUGUGAGGUACUCUACGGUGAGAAGAGGUGAAUUUGCUUCUGUCUUUAACGGUGAUUUGAUUAGAAGAUGGCAAACCGAUAUAGUGCCAGAAAACAAUGAUCUACAGGACACUUUCAAAGCCAAGGAUUCUUCUACCCUCCAAAGAUUAAAACAACAGGCUGUGCAGUUGUACAAUCCCAAAGAAGAGUCUGUAUUUGUAUCUUUGGUGCUUGACACCAAGACUGAUUAUGAAAAAGUGGUUUCCUUUGAUUAUUCGCCUGAUAUUGCGUCACAUACAUCGACUAAUUUUGUUUGCAUGCGACAGUCUGGUACUGUAUUUCGGAUGCCUGUUGUUGAAUCGAUUGAAGCGUUAGAUUUUAAUCCAAUAAACGAGUUCUCGAUUGCUGGUCCUGAAGGUACUGUGACAAACUUUUUAAAUAAACAAUUUUUGGAGAUCAACCAAUCAACUAAUGCAAAGGAACCUGGACCUCGUGACAAAAAUAGUUCAUCGCUUGCCAAACUUGGGGAUUUGACUUUGAACAGUAAUUUGAAAAACCGCAACACAGAAUCUGCGACAACAUCUACAGUAGAUGAUGAAAGUCUUGCUCAACUGAAUAUUGCUGAGGACAAGAGAUACUCUUACGAUAAUGUAUUUGAGGAAGAUAUUCCUUUGAAUAAAUUUUGGGAUUCGUCUGACAUUGUGGGAAACGAUAUUUGUGUCACCAUUAGGAAACGAGCACAAAUGGGGUACAGUGUGGAUUGUGACAAAAAUGUUUCUAUUUUGGAGGAACUAGAUGUGGCUGAUAGUACAUUGUUUUUGAAGAACACUUGGAAAUGGUUGGCACUAGCAAAGAAAUCUUUGGAUAAAAAAACUAUGAUUUCGGAGGGGAUAGAUUUGGGGUACCAAGGUGUUUUGGGUAUUUGGAAAGGGAUUGAAGAGUUGAAUAAACAGAAAUGUACCAUGACAGAUGAACUCAUUUCAGACAAUUGGUUGUCGCAGGCGGUGAAGGUUAUAGUAUCUUCAAAAAAUAAAAAGAUUUCUGGGAUUACCAUACCUCAUGACAGCGAAAGGAAAGCGCAACGAAAGUUAUGUUUAAUAGUAUGUGGUUGGUAUUUUACCGAGUCUGAGUUUGAAGAAAAAUUGCAAUUAUUGAUAUCCCUUGGAUAUUAUGAGAAAGCCGCUGGUUGGGCGGUGUUUCAUGGCGAUGUUCCCAAAGCUAUUAGCAUUUUGUCACACGCAAAGACUGAAAGAUUGCGUCUUAUAGCAACUGCAGUUGCAGGUUAUCUUGCUUACAAAAACUCUCAUGUGAAUAGUCCUUGGAAAGAUCAAUGUCGUAAGAUGGCACUAGAGUUGGAUGACCCUUAUUUGCGAGCAAUCUUUGCUUUUAUUGCUGAUGAUGACUGGUGGGAUGUUUUGGAUGAAUCCUCUUUGUCAUUAAGGGAACGAUUGGGUAUUGCUUUGUGUUUUCUUUCCGAUAAGGAUUUAGGGGUUUAUUUGAACCGAAUCGCAGAUACAGUGGUUAACCGGGGAGAGCUCGAAGGUUUGAUAUUGACUGGUAUUACGCCAAGAGGGAUUGAUUUGUUGCAGAGCUAUGUUGACAGAACCACAGAUGUGCAGACAGCCUCUUUAAUUGCAUCUUUUGCAUGUCCUCGGUAUUUUGUUGAUGCGAGAGUAACUCAUUGGACCGAUUGUUACAGGAAUAUGCUCAAUAGUUGGGGAUUUUUUGGAGUGAGAGCAAAAUUCGAUGUGGCAAGAACCAAAUUAUCAAAGACAUUUGGUGGACAGACGACAAUUAGGGCCGCCCCGAAACAGGUGUAUCUACAGUGCAAUCGUUGUAAUAAGAAUAUUUCCAAAGUAAAAUCCAACCCUGGUAAUAACCAAGUCUUGUUGAAACAACAAUUUAAUAAGUUCAACAGCUUGAACAAGUUCAAUGACAUUAUAAAUGCAUGUCCACAUUGUGGUGCUCCAUUACCAAGGUGUUCAAUUUGUUUAUUGUCGUUGGGGUCAGAAUUGCCAUUGGAACCGCUGGAUAAGAUAGAAAUUGCCAAUAACCAGUCCUCAAAUAUUGUUCCCAGGAUUGAAAACAAAUUCAAUCUGUGGUUCAGUUUUUGUCUUACAUGCAAUCAUGGGAGUCAUGCUUAUCAUGCCGAAGAAUGGUUUUCCAAACAUUACGUAUGCCCUGUCCCAGAUUGUAAUUGUCGUUGCAAUAGUAAGUAG